GGUUAUUGUCCGAGACGCCAAGGACUUUCUUGUUAUUGUAGUUUGACCUGUCGAAAUUUAUAAAUAUAACUCUAAUAUAACUUUUUUUUUCGUAUAAACACCCAGCUCCUGAAGUAGUGCGUCUGCACUACUGAAAUGAAGUCUCCGGUAGAAUUAAACUCGUUUUUACUGGCCGUAUUAAUCAGUUUUGCAUUUCAAGGUGCCAGCUGCGAAUUAGUGGUUUCUCCUGUUGGUCCGACUCUGGUGAACACACUAGCGGGAAAUACUGUGACUCUGGCUGUGUCCUUUACUGGAGCUCCAGAUCCAGCGGUUAUUUGGUUUCUAGGCGCUUUACCUGUUGGCACAUGGACUAUAAACUCCAGUUUCCCUCCAGACAUAGCCACCAAUCGCAGGAAUGUCCUCAGCAUUGAGAAAAAUGGCUCACUUACCUUCACAAAUGUACCGCUUAACUUUACUGGUAACUAUACUGUGGAACUGACAAAGUCUGGACUAGGAAUAUCAGCAACUACGUUCACUCUGAGGGUAUUUGAAAGAAUCCAGAAUGUGGCUCUCAGCACUCACCCGGAUUUAGUCAAAGAGGGAAUUGAAAAUUUCACCUUAAGCUACAGUAUGCUGCAAGGGGUGGUUGAGCAACAGGUUUGGUCCUUCAACAGUACUGCAUUGAUGACCAGCUUGCACUAUUUGGUGAAAGAAAAGAACCUUAUUAUUGUCAGACCAGACCGCAAUGACUCUGGAAGGUACACGGUGUUAUUAACAAACCCCUUCAGCAGCGUGACAACUCAUAAGGACGUAACUGUGCUCUAUGGACCAGAUGAGCCCACAAUUGUUGUACAACCAGAUAAGCUUUUCCAUGUAGCAGGAGGUUCCCUGAGCCUCACCUGCCAGGCGGAGGGAUUCCCAAAGCCAACUACUAAAUGGGUCUUUAAAGGCGAAAUUCUUCCUGAUACUCACAAAGGAGUCCUAAAUCUAACAAAUGUGAUUACUACUCAAGGGGGUGUUUAUAUAUGCACUCUACUCAAUGAAUUGACUGAUGAAAGACGGGAAAAGGCUGUGACUGUAAACAUUUAUGAGAGGCCACUGGGGAGCCCGAUGUGCUCUGUGCAGUCAGUGAAUGACGACCAGCUGCAGUUUCAGUGUUUAUGGAUCGGGGGAACCCCGCAAGCCGAGCUGUCUAUCCCAGAACUAGGCAACACCAUCAGUGGGACAGGAAACCUCAGCCUGACCGUCACUGCAUCUGCCAGCUUUAACAAAAAAACUGUCAUCUGCAUGGCAAUGCACCCGAUCGAAAAUAACAAGUGCAACAUUACGACAAGUAGUCCAUUAGAGUUUCUUCCAGCCGUGAGAACCACUGUAGCUUCUGAUGGCAAAAUAGUGGUCAGUAUCCUGUGUUUGAGCGAGGCCUCCCCCCAGGCUCUGGUGGCAUGGUCCAGAGGCAGUGAGAUUGUCACCGGAGGGACAAUUUACCAAAUCAGCAGGGACACCACACAGCUGAAGAUUCAGGAUAGAAAUAUCAGCAACUUCCUCAUUCUAAACUACACCUGCACAUGUCGCAACCCGCUGGGAAGCCAGAUGAGGCAAAUUAAACUGCGAGGGCCUUCGAUCUCAGAUUCCAGUUUGUUCCCUAAUAAAGAUGGAACCGUCAUCACUCUGACCUGGGAGGUUCCACCUACAUCUAUUGUUACAGGGUUUGACAUCCAGAUGAAAGGACCUGAUCUCCUGAGCAAAAAUGGGAAUUCCAUUUACUUUAGGGGCAGCUCAAAUACAUACGUGACUAUUCAGCAGAUACCUGGGUCUGCCAGGAGUACAGACAUCUUUGUCCUUGAUCCCGACUUGACCUACAGGUUUCGGAUCAUCCCCAAAGCUCUCCAGAGAAAAGGACAGCCGUCAAAGGUCCACAGAAUUGGUCCAGGUGAGGGGCUGAGUGGAACUGCUAUUGCUGGCAUUGCAGCUGGAAUCCCCUGCAGCAUCCUUUUCCUGCUCCUGCUGGGCGGCAUCGUCUAUCUCAUCAUGCACUACAGCAAAAAGAAAAGCCACCAGACGAGAUAUCCUGUUGCCAGAGCCGUUGAAAAGGCAAGAGCAUCUCAGCCAGAUAUAACUCCUCAUAACCUGCUGCCAGGAGGCUUGAAGAAUCUUCCGGACUACAAUAAAUUGCAGCAGACCCCAUCUGAAAGAUCUGUAGCUCUGCCCACAUUUUCCCCACCACCACCUGUCAGAGUUGCAACAACUGUGUAAUCUUUUAUACACUUAAAUGUGGCGUCAUACUUUUUUCUUUUCCCGAAAGUUUUCCAUAUUUGUCUAGUUUUACUAAUAAUUAAUCAAAGAUAUAAAUGAUACAUGGAAGUUUUUAAUCAUAUAACACUAUUGUGCAACAGUUUUUAUUCAUGACAGUAAAAGAGUCAUUUGUGCUUGUAAAUCUGUUUUGAUAUAAUAACAUAAACUCAGAAGACAUGUUCACUGACGCUGAGCAGGUUCUAGGCACACCGGGGUUCCUCAUGAUUCCUGUUUAUGCAAUAAAUACCAGAGUUUUGCAGUUCUGUCCACUGUAAAGCUAAUAAAUGAGAGAAAAGAAAUGAAAAAUGAGAAAAAGUUUAAUUACAGCACUUCAUGAUCCUGGGUGGUCUCCAAGACAAAGAUGAAGACAAAGUAUUUUUUUUCUUUUGAGGUAACUGUAGAGAGCAGAAUUUCCAAAAUGAGCAAGGAAAACACAGAAACUAUACUUGACCAGCAGAUGGCACACCUUGAGAUCUAAAGGACCAGAUACAGAAAAAAGACCACGUCUAACCCCUCAGGCAGAUUUGAGCUCUUCUAGAUCAUCUCAAGUUUCAGAAAAUCUCUAGAAUGACCACAAGCUGACGACUGAUGGAGGAGCGCUUAACGGAAAGAAUGGUGGCUUUCCCAAAGCCUGCAGAUCCAGAAUCACCAAGGCAAAGUCCAUAUUGGAUUUCAUAAACUCAAAGACUGAUCAUACAAAUCUAAAUGAAGUCUGUGGGAACAGCUAGACACC